AUGAAUACUUUCACCUCACCAAGAGUUUUUUGCAAGCGCCUAGGGCCGUUUGACGCGGCGACGGGUGGCGAGAUGGUGUCACGACGUCGCAUACUGUCGCGUUCCCGCGAUGAUCUCACACAAGCUUUCGCCACUCAAGUGGAGGAAGAAGAGGACGUGUGGUAUCAGAAAGACAAACUUUAUAAGGAACACAUACAGGAAGUACUGGACAAAUGGACACAGAUCGACGAUGAAAUCUGGGCGAAGGUGAUAGUUUUUGAAAAGAAUAGACGCGUGGCGAAAGCUUACGCGCGGGCGCCAGUGCUCACAAUAAAUGGAUCAGAUGACGGAUUUGACGGCAUGAGAAUCGGCCUUUGCGGAUUUGACAACCCACUCAGAGAUCCGAAGACAGAAGAAGUGAAAAAACACAUAGGCCAGGGCGUCAAAAUAAAAAUGGACGACGCCGGUAACAUACUCAUCAGACGCUACUCCAAGAGUAGUGUGUUUGUGAAGAGUACCGCAGCCACAAGUAACGAAGAGACGGCGAUAGGUCAAGAUAUAAUGAAGCUACCCGGCUAUUCGUUGGAACAAGAAAAAAUAUUUAAGCUAUUCGACAUGAAGAAAUUCCAGUCGAACGUGAACCGUGAAUUAAGACGUUCUUACCCGGAUCGCAGAAGAUUGGAGACACAAUGUUUAAGCGCCAUAGCAUUCGUCAAAUCGGACGCUGAUCUCCUUGAGUGCCCCAUAUGGGUGCUCGUUAUCAACGUUGUUGCUAUGGACAUGCUGAAAUCUAAGCUACCUCCAGUUCAAAGGCCACUGGACAUUAAAAACAGACCACGCAUUCCCAUCCCAGACGAGGAUCCAUACAGUAUUGCCAGUUCAAACGUAAAUGGAUCAGGCUCUAGUGGAAGUUCCGGAGGAUACGGUCUUGGUAACGGACACGGCGUCGUCGCGGCUACUCGAGAACAGCUCAUGAUGCAAAUGGGACAGAGAAGAGGAGAUAAACCACCGAAGCUUCCUCCGCGUGAAAACGGCUAUGGGCCUGCUGACAUCCCUAAGCCGGAUUAUGACGACAUUGAAGUGAACGGGCGCGUCCCGUCACAGUUCCCGAGGGGCAAGUCGGACAAAGGAAAGGACAACAAGAAAUACGAUGACCCGUACUACUGCGGACUCCGCGCACGCGUGCCGAACUUCGUGAAGGCUAACGGGGCUAAGCACGUGCUCCCAACGAUGACUGAGCGACUGAGCCUGAAGGAGGCGCCGGUGCCGAGCAAGCGGUACAGCGUCGCACACGCCCACCCGGGCCCCUUCCCCCCGCACAUGCCGCCGUUCGCCCAUGCUCCUAUGCCGGCAGCUGCACUCUGGCACGCUCGCUCCUACGAGAGCGGAAUCGGUGCGUACGAGCGUAACCCGAAAAAAGAAAAGCUGAUGUUUCAAUUCUAUCCCGACAGGGACCGAAAGCUGCGCCCGAUCGUGAUCCAGCAGCCGCGAUAG